AUGUCCCAACCCCGCACCCCAACCCCGCUCUCCUCGACCCCACCCCGCACCUCCUCCAUCCCUCACACCUCCGGCCGCUCCCCCGCCCGCCCAAUCCCCUCCCCCAUCUCCUCCACCCAACCCCACCCCGCCCAAUCCUUCACAUCCCAAACCCUCUCCUACCUCUCCUCCUCCCCCCCCAUCUUCGCAUCAACCGCCAACGCCGCAAUCCACACAUUCAACGCGCUGAACCCAUUCCCCGCCCUCAGCGGUGGCGGGGGAAUGGCGAGGGAUCAUGCCGCCGGGAGCGCGGUCCCAUCCCCGACCGGGAGCAUUUCCCCGGGGGGUAGCAUGAUCAUCACGCCGUUGAGCAGCACGACCAGCCCCAUCGCCACGCCGACGUCAUCAACAGCAACAGCAAGUGCGACGGCAACACAUACCGAAUUCCUCCACCACAUCAAACCCACGCUCCACCCGCUGGCCCUCUCCACGCACGCCUCGUACGCCAGUGCGUUGACCCACCCGCUCCAAGGCACCGCCGAGAUGCUCGGCAAAUGCGUCAAGACGUGGGUGGAGAAGGGGGACACGGCGGUGGAUCGCACGCGGAUGGCAUUGGAGAGGGUGAGGGCGUCCGUGGAGGAGUUGGAGAAGAGGGCGGGGCGGACGUGUGGGGUUUUGAAGAGUGUGACGGUGGAUACGAUGGCGGGGGUGGAGAGGGGGGUGGGGAUCGGCGUGGGGAUUAGGAGUCCGGUGAGGAGUGCGGGGGGGUCGGCGAGGGGGUCGACGACGGUGGGUAGGGGAUGA